UCAGUUCGUCAAUACCAGCUAAGCGCGUGGAGUAUAUCAAUCGAAAGUGCAAAACACUGACUAAUCUCUCUCUCUCUCUCUCUCUCUCUCUAUUGGUGUCAAGUGUCUCUUUCGUUGUCCAACACGCCGAUCAACUCCUCCGUCGUGUUUGCAUGGCGUUUGCUCCGAUUCUCCGCCGGGCCUCCGCGGCCAAGAACCUCAUAUCAUUAGCUAGACUCGCCGUGGGCUCUUCAUUCUCCUCCAGGUCUCUGCAAACCGGAGCCACCGGCGAUGAUUCUCAAUCCAUGGGUGGGUAUCACGUGAGCUCCGGCGGAUUCAUGCGUGGAGCCGUGUAUCGCGAGCCCAAUCAGCCUCUAACCAUCGAAGAGUUUCAUAUCCCUCGGCCUAAAGUCAAUGAAAUUCUCAUCAAAACCAAAGCUUGUGGGGUUUGUCACUCUGAUCUUCAUGUGAUGAAAGGAGAGAUACCAUUCUCUAGUCCUUGUGUUAUUGGUCAUGAGAUCACUGGUGAAGUUGUUGAGCACGGUCCUCUUACUGAUCACAAGAUCAUUAAAAGAUUUCCAGUUGGGUCUCGUGUAGUUGGAGCUUUCAUUAUGCCUUGUGGAACCUGUUCUUAUUGUGCUAAGGGCCAUGAUGAUCUGUGUGAAGACUUCUUUGCUUACAACAGAGCUAAGGGAACUCUUUACGAUGGCGAAACUCGUCUCUUUUUAAGACAUGAUGAUUCACCAGUGUAUAUGUACAGUAUGGGAGGGAUGGCUGAGUACUGUGUCACACCAGCUCACGGUUGUUUGCAGAUAGCGAGGGCAUUUGGAGCCUCGGAUAUAAUUGCUGUGGAUGUUCAGGAUGAUAAAUUGCAGAAGGCCAAGACACUUGGUGCUACUCAUAUUGUCAACGGUGCUAAAGAAGAUGCUGUUGAAAGGAUAAGAGAAAUAACCGGUGGGAUGGGUGUUGAUGUUGCUGUUGAAGCCCUGGGAAGGCCCCAAACUUUCAUGCAGUGCACACUAAGUGUGAAAGAUGGUGGAAAAGCUGUGAUGAUUGGACUCUCAAAAGCUGGUUCUGUUGGAGAAAUUGACAUAAACCGACUUGUUCGUAGGAAGAUAAAAGUUAUAGGGUCAUAUGGAGGAAGAGCAAGACAGGAUCUUCCUAAAGUAGUGAAACUGGCAGAGUCAGGGAUCUUCAAUCUAACAAACGCAGUUUCAAGUAAAUACAAGUUUGAAGAUGCAGGAAAAGCAUUGCAAGAUCUCAACGAAGGCAAAAUCGUUAGCCGAGGUGUUGUUGAGAUACUAUAACAAUAAAUAGCUAUCUGGUUCUUGUUUGGUAUAAUGACUUGAUUCACUAAGGUCUUUUUUGUUAGUUGCUAGCUGCUACAAUCUUCAGACAAGUUCUUACUUGUUUGCUUCAUUGUGCAUAGCAAAUUAGCAAUGUCUUUUUGAACAUUGUUCUUGUCUCUUGAUAAUCAAUAAAGAAGCAUGUACGUGUUUUUUCAACUA